ACAAUGUUCCUAUCAAAACGAUUUAUCCGCGAGUGAAGUCGUGGAUCAUGUUUAUAUUUAUCAACAAUAACAUUCAUAAAAUAAAAGUUUUAAAAAAAGAGAGAAACGUAUCAGUACGUCAAUGAUCGCGGCAAGCACGCGUUGCGCAAGGUCGAUUCGCUGCCAACCUGCAGUAGCUCACUGAAGGUGGCAACAUUGACGCGGCAAGUUCCCGGCAGUGACGCCGCGAGCGGUUCGUGGGUCGCGUUCACGAGUAUCGUAUUCAUUGUCGUCGUGCGGCAUCAGGAUGUCGAUUCCUUUCUCCGGUACUCUCCAACGUUCUGGAGGGUUGAUGUCCGCGAUUAUUAAACAACUGAAGCGCGUCGAUCUAAAGCCCGUCAAUAGGAUCUACGUUCGUUUCGACCCCUUCAAUGUGCAGAGCAAGCAGACGAGAGACUUUCUGUUUUACAUUAGCGCUCCGAAAACUCGUGCGACGAAUCCGCAGUGUUCGCUGAAAACAGAGGUCGUGUCCGAUCGUUCCGAGCCAACCGUCACGUUCAGUCUUCAGUCGGGUGAAAAAGUGGUAUUAAAAACGGCCCUUUUAACAAGCUUGAACAUUUUGGAGCUUUACAACAAGCACAUCACUAGCCUGAUUCCGCCCGAUCCGGCCAAGCUCGAGGCUGAAAAAGCCCUCUUAGAAGAGAAGAAAAAGAAGAAAAAGCGGCCGCAUCAUAGAAUUAAAUUGUGGAGCAAGCGUAGAGGAGUGUUUCUCUAAUAGUUUCAUUGGCGACUUAGCGAGGCGCUUACGAUUGUCUUGCAGGAUUUUCCACUUGCUAAACAUCGAAAGACGCUCGAUUUAUAUUAAAUGAUAAUCUAGAAAUUUAAUUUCGUGCAAUCCAAAUAUUUGCGGUAAGCCAAUCGUGUAAAAGGAAAACGCUUUUACUUAUUUAGAAUGUAUGGGAAGGAUGAUAGCUUAAAAAUGUCGA